CCACUCUUCACCUUAUCACACCAGCAAAUGUCCCAGAAGUCGCCUGAGUAGCCACAUGAACACGAUGUUAAAUCCAUAGCACCAAGCCAUUCCCUUUUCGUUCGUCUGCCUUCGAAGCUGGACUUCGAAAUGCCCUUUCCAAAACUGUCAAUCGUUCAAUCCCGUCUAGUCGCCAGUCUCGUCGCCACCUUUAUAUUCUUGAUUCUCUACAUCACCCUCACCAAGCCUCACUUUGCCUAUGCGCUAGAGUCUGAUUUCGGUUCCGACCCCGACAAUCUACAUCGCCAUGUCAUCUUUGACCAGGAGGAAGAUCUAGAAGACCCAGAUGGAGAGGAUGCGUCUGUGAGAAUACAACGUCGGGCUGCGGAAGGAGUUUCCUCGCUCAGUAACAACGCCCCACAGAACAAGAACAUCGACAUUGGAGAGACACAAAAUUGGGUUUUCACCAAGGAGGAGGUUGAAGGGCCGCAUGGGACCCCAGGAUCAGGGUUACCUAAUGAUACUUUGGUCUCGCGUGCGGUCGAGGACCUAAACCCAGAAUUGAAAAGAAGACAGUCCACGACCAGGGUAUAUGUCACUCUCAAUACCUGCUUGCAGCCUCAAUCCAACAUCUCUGACUCGGUUUCUGAUGAUGCCAUCCCUCCUCAACUACAGAUGUAUGUUUCAUUGUCAGAUUCAAACGAGAAGCCCGGCCCUGGUGUGAAUGAUCCGGACCAACGCACCAUCCAGAUAGACGGGGGAUUUGGGUAUUUCGAGCUGGACUCUGAUGAUCUGGACGGUGACAUUCAUGUUGGGGUUACCGCUCCAAAUACGACCGGCUUUUCAGGAAUAUGGAACUACGAGAUUGCAGCUUCAAAUGAUGCCCCAUUUCACUGGUCAUCCAAUGCAACCAACCUGUUCUUUGUCGAUGGAGACAACCACGCUGCCUUAUUAAUCACUAAUGACACCACCCAGGCACUUCCCAACGAUACGAUAUACAAGGAAUGGAUGGAGCUAUCGCCGCCGCCAUACGGCGUGUUUGCUUUCUCUCAACAGGACCGACCAUUGUCUGCUUUGAGAAAAUCGUUUUGUGGUCUGAAAAACAAUGUCCGCGUUUCCGCCAACAUUGACGGUGCCAACAACCAAAACAUCGCCGAAAUGACCAACCGUGGACUUGGUGGAAAACCCAAGGAACAAUUUUACAUCAACGGCCUCAAUGCUACGUCCCAGUACUGGGGUGUCUUGGCCAUGGAAGGCAACAGCACUUCAUCAGGCCUUGGGGUUAUUGGAGGUGGCGGAACCGUUUGGCAAAGCAUAGCAUUUGAAACCAAGACCGAAGACAACUGCGCACUCAUGUACAACCUAUCAUUCUGCUCCGAAGUGGCCUACGCAGUGCCCACAAACCCCGACACAUUUUCUCCCACGACGGGGGCACCAGAAUUGGCCGCCCUGUACGACUCAUACGCAGCACAAAUGUAUCAAUACUUCAACUACUCGCUACAACAAAUCCCAUGCAACACAACAUCAUCAUCUCAAUACUCUCUAGCCCGAAAUUGCGACGACUGCGCCCGAGCAUACAAGACCUGGCUAUGCGCCGUGACAAUCCCUCGAUGUGCCGACUACAGCAACACCGACACAUGGCUGAUGCCACGCGCAUUGGGCCAGCCAUUCGUCAAUGGAAGCUCAAUAGCAGACUCUACACAAUUCCGAGUCGAUCAAUCUCUACUCACAUCCGUCGCUACCAAUUCUUCACGAAACCCCAUCAUCGACGACGUCAUCAAACCCGGUCCAUACAAGGAAGUUCUACCCUGCGAAGAUCUCUGUUAUGACCUCGUACAGAGUUGUCCCGCCACUUUGGGAUUCGGAUGUCCUAGUCGCGGUGCAGGAUUCGAGGACAGCUACGGCACCAGAAGUAACGAUUCUGGCGAGAUUACUUGUAGCUAUCUGGGAGCCGCGUACUAUUUGAGUGGAGCGUCACGGCAAGUAAUCCUCGGACAGCUUGGUUGUUUGAAUCUUGUGUUACUUGCCUCGCUCGUGGGUAUUUUGAACCUCGUCUGAUCAAACGGGUUGAUUUUCCUCAACAUAUUUGUUUGUUUGUAAUUUGAGCGUCUAUCGGUUGUUGUGAUAUUACUUUUUGCACAGGGAGACGGAGGAGUCUGCAAUUGAAUGAAAAAUGUGGAGUCUUUUGGGGGGGAAUGGUGAUCUGCUGGUUUGAAAGGUUGAAGGAGAUGGUUUAUGGAACGUGGGCUGUUGAUCAUGGAUUACCCAAUUACCGAUGUACAGGGGAUGGAUUAUGUACAGACCUAGAAGGUGUCAUCAUCAGGAAAAGUGUUGAACCUGAUACUCAAUGUUGGUCAUCACGGUACUGGUAUAGAGGUAUAGACUAUUAUUCCCAACCAAGACGUAUAUAUAGGCGAAUUGUUAGGAAAGGGGCUGAAAUUACGAGUACUUCAGAUGUCUUUCAACUAUCUUAUCUUAAAUCUUGAU